UUUGAGACCGGUGAAUAUACCAUGCUUGGCAAUGGAGUUGUUGGAAUCCUCUCCGAGUGUAGAUACAAGUGGGAAAGAAGGGUUCCUCUAACACCGUCGCACUGUGCUCGACUUCUGAAUGGUGGCAGGGGUAAAACUGGAGUAGCCCGCAUUAUUGUGCAGCCAUCCACAAAGCGCAUCCACCAUGAUGCCCUUUAUGAGGAUGUUGGUUGUGAAAUAUCAGAUGAUUUGUCAGAAUGUGGUCUUAUUUUGGGUAUUAAGCAACCAAAGCUUGAGAUGAUUCUUCCUGACAGGGCUUAUGCCUUUUUCUCCCAUACUCACAAAGCACAGAAAGAAAACAUGCCUUUGCUUGAUAAGAUUUUGGCUGAAAGGGCGACUUUGUUUGAUUAUGAGCUUAUAGAUGGGGAUCAUGGAAAAAGGUUACUCACUUUUGGAAAAUUUGCUGGUAGAGUUGCAAUGAUUGACCUCUUACGGGGAUUAGGACAACGGUAUCUUAAUCUGGGAUAUUCAACUCCUUUCCUCUCAUUGGGUGCAUCUUACAUGUACUCUUCGUUGGCAGCUGCAAAGUCUGCAGUAAUUUCUAUCGGUGAAGAGAUAGCAACAAAUGGACUUCCUUCUGGAAUCUGUCCUCUAGUUUUUGUUUUCACUGGUUCAGGAAAAGCUUCCCAUGGUGCACAAGAGAUUUUCAACCUUCUGCCACACACAUUUGUGGAUCCCAGCAGACUUCCAGAAGCAUUUGGCACGGAUUUUGAAAGUGUCCUUAUCCAGAGGAAAAAUGCGGCGAAGGCCAGAGACCAUGCUCAAUCUGCACAAGCAUCAAAUCGAGUCUUCCAAGUAUAUGGAUGCAUCGUGACCUGUCAAGACAUGGUUGAACAAAAAGAUCCUACAAAAGUAUUUGAUAAGGCUGACUACUAUGCACAUCCAGAACACUACAGGCCAAUUUUCCAUGAAAAAAUUGCCCCGUAUGCAUCCGUUAUAGGUCGGUGA